AUGAGGAGAAUAUUUAUUUGGUCAUUUCUCAAGCUAGAAGAGCUAACAGAUUUAGACAAGUCCACCUUUCCUUUCUUGAAUACAGUCAACAAUGGACCACAGUUUUCACAAGAAGUUUACUACUUUGUGGUCAAUACCCGCUCCGUCGAUAAUGUGGUUGGGACGCUGCAUGCUACGGAUUUGGACGAUCUGAGUGUGGAAUGUGGAAGACUGCAAUUCGUCCUACCGGGCACGUCUACUAAUUUGAUGGUGGAUCCAAAUAGUGGAGUGGUAUUACUGAACACUUCGUACACCUCUCCGAAAUUGCCACAACACGUGGUUGUGAUGGUUCAAAAUCCUGCUCCAUUUGACCAGCUUACGGACACUGCUAUCAUUUUGUUGACGAAUGACUUUAGUUUAUUCCAAAUAGACAUCGGAUUUAGCGAGAUGGGACCAUUUGGGGUAUCAGAAAAACUCCGGCGCUCAAAACGACAAACUAUAGCUGCACCGACAGCAACCACGAUCACCCUUGCUCGAUUCACUCCCACAAGUUCAAUUGCAGUAUGUCCGGGUUGCUACUGGGUGAUGAAAAUAAUGGUCUACACGAAAUCUGGUCUAUCGUCUCCAAAUAUUGAAAUUUACGGUCCGGCAGCAAACUUUGUCCCCAUGGGAUAUAUUCAGGAUGUGACAACGACCAUCGGUAUUAUGUGUGCUAAUAUAGCAACCAGUGCAACAGCAGGAUUCGUACUGGAAGAUUUUGCAUUUGAGAUAAACUACAAGGUUGUGGUGAAAACCACAGCCACAAAUGGAACUCGUACCACGGUCGGGGCUAGCCUGUCGGCCUUGAAUUCUGUCUAUGCCGGAUACAUAAAUCUGACCGUCGGACCGCCGUUACAACCAAGUCUGUUCGCGUUGAACUGCCCCACAUCGCCCGUUUUUGUCGGAUCUGUUUUAAAAUUGAGCUACAGUUUGUUUGCCCCUUUGCAACUUGCCGAUUACAGUUUCAUUAUCACCAGUUCAAGUGGAUCAGUUUCCAUCCAAGACGCGAGUGCCACUUUUGGCACAGCAUUUAUCGCACAACCAGGUUUGCUAACAAAGAAUCGAUGGGAUCGAUAUCAAACUCGAACUGCCACCACAAACCGGAUGGAAAUAAGCAUUUUUGGCAUGAAUAAUACCCUCGCCUGGGACGCUGCAGGAUCGCAAUCCGCCGAGUCGGUCACCAUCGAUGUGUACGCACAAGUGUCUCCACUGGCAAAUAGUUUCGCGUCAGUAGAAGUAAUCGCUGGUUUUCCGCAAAAUCUACAAUUGUCAGCCACCUGCGCACUAAAUAUUUCGGCGCGAGCAAAUGCAUGGACACAGAAUCCGGCUGUUGUCUUGACCAGCACAGCGCCCGCGGGUGCGAUUGACACGUACAAAUCGGAGAACACAACAAUCCGUUUGGACUUUCCACCAAACUCCGUGCAAUCAUACUAUGUGGAAGUGGAGAUGCAACAAACGGAUGUGGCUGAAUUUGGCUAUGCCAUCAUCACCCAAGUUGGAUCCUCGUUGACCUCAUUCAUUGCCGGUGUAAGCUAA